ACUGCCGAGCAUUGUGACGAAGGAGCGCCGGAGGUGGAUUGGCUGAACUCCCCGCGACUUCUCCCCACGCCUCCGGCCGGCAGAGCAAGCCGGGUGACGGCCGCGGAUGGAGCGGAGCGGGGAGUUUUCCAGGACUUGGAAGAUUCAUGAAAAUCUAAUGUAAAUAACACAGGUAAAAGAGACAUCCUGGACUUGAGAAAUGGCAGGUUUCCUAGACAAUUUCCGAUGGCCUGAAUGUGAGUGUAUUGAUUGGAGUGAAAGAAGAAAUACAGUUGCUUCUGUGGUAGCUGGGAUUCUGUUUUUUACAGGUUGGUGGAUAAUGAUAGAUGCAGCAGUAGUUUACCCUAAGCCAGAGCAAAUGAACCAUGCAUUCCAUACUUGUGGAGUGUUUUCUACUCUAGCUUUUUUCAUGAUAAACGCAGUAUCAAAUGCUCAAGUGAGAGGAGACAGCUAUGGUGAUGGAUGUUUAGGAAGAACAGGUGCUCGUGUCUGGCUCUUCAUUGGCUUCAUGUUGAUGUUUGGCUCACUUAUUGCUUCUAUGUGGAUCCUUUUUGGAGCAUAUGUUACUCACAAUAUUAAUGUCUACCCGGGCUUAGCAGUGUUUUUUCAGAAUGCUUUGAUAUUUUUCAGCACCCUUAUCUACAAAUUUGGAAGAACUGAAGAACUGUGGGCUUAAGAGUACUUUUUUCUUCAUCUUGCUUAGCGAGUCUUGUAUGUAAAUAUAACUUACAUUUCUGUUUUAUAUUUUGCCAAAUAGAUGUUGCAUUACACCUUUUGUAUGUUUACUUAUUUUUGGAAAGUGAACUGAUUUAAAUAUUCUGCUCAAAGUUAGCUAUCUUUUCAUAGAAUGGAUAGUAAUGUGAAUAUGUACAUACUGUAUCUGUAAUAUAUAAAAGUGAAUGUUAAACUUUCAUUGCACUUGGCAGGUUUUUUUCUGCUCUGAUAUGUGAAUAAUGUUUUAGGAUUAAGGCUCAUAGCUUGUUCAAUAUCAUAUACUGUUCUUAAGCACAAAUGAGCUGUAGUAGCUUCUUGAAGAGUUGAGAUUUUGAUUAGGUGAUCAGAAAGUGAAGUUAAAGAAUAUUAAUUUGAAUGAUAUCUCCAAAUAGCCAUUGAUGCAUGAUCCCCAAUAGACAAAUACGAUUAGAAGUGUAGUAUACUCUGGCAUCAUAUGCUGAAACUUCAUCUAGCGCUAGCUAGAAUGUUUUACGCUAUACUACAAAAUGUGUACUGAACAAAGAAGGCAUGAAGUAUGUAUGGAAAUUCUAUUUAGCAAAAAAACUCACUUAAAAAAGAUCUUAAGCAUUUAUUUGGUAGUGCAGCAUGCCUUAAAAUGCCUUAAAAUGGAAUGGGCCAAUCCUUUCUCAGUGAAUGCACUGUGAAAAAUAUUUAAGACUGAAGUAUUAAUGUGUUUGACAAGCUGUAGGAGAAUUCUAGGUUUGAACUUUUAAGGUGUGUUGCCAUAAACCCUUCAUCAAAAUGUCUUGUCAGACUGAUAUUUCACAUGCUUGUGCAAUCGAUAUUCAGAACAAAGGAAAGAUCCCAAGUUCAAAGCAUCACAGAACUGCUUGUUUUGUUGCUUACUAUACAAUCAGCUUCUCUGUUGAGACUAUCAUCUAUUUUCCACGUUUUUCUGAACUUUAUUGUAGCGAAAUACAAUAUGUAUGUUAAGGUACUGUGAUGUUAACUGGAACUACAUGUAUUUUAUUUCACCCAAGCCAAAUUGUGUACUGAGAAGCAUAUCCAACUGCAUCAUUUGCAUAAUGUAACAAGGACUCCAUGUUUAAAACAUUUUUGCAAGACAGGGUCUAGGGGCAUGAAGAAGAAUCAGAUGAGCUAAAGGUACUCUACAUUCUGUUUUUUGGAGACCCUGCAAAAUGACCGUUUCCAAACAUUCUUCACUUUUGGACUUCUCUCCCCACCUAGGAAAUACAGCUGUGUUAGUUUAUCUUCUGAAACCAUUUUCAUUUGUCUUCAGAGCCCUUUUCAGGACAGACUAUGAAGCAAAUACUAUGCUAAGAGUUGUCCUGUUACCUCAGACUUGACAUUAGACUAUCUUGCUUGUUUAUUGUAAAUACAUUAAAAUUCAAUAAAGAUUGGUAAUGUAUUUUGUUUUACAAAUACUAAAACUGCUCAGUA